AGACCCAACGUCGACUGGAAUUUCUUGAAGCGGGCGCCUCGCGGGGAGGAAAACAAGGAGAACAAUCCGCCCGAGGCCGCCGCCAGCACCGGGGUCGUGCCCGUGUUCCGGGCCCGGGCGCCCAUCCCCGCCGAGGCCCGCGUCGUGCCCUCGGUGCCCCACUCGACCUGGUUCAGGCCCUCGGCGAGCAGCUCGCCGCCGCAGCCGAGAGACUCCACGCCCGCCGCAGGCACAUCGGCGUCCUCCUCGCCGAUGCCCAGGUCGUCGCCUUCGGCCAGCGCAACGCUGGCGCCGUCCUCAGUGGCCAGCAGCGAGCCCGGGUCGCCGGCCUCCACAGCAGCGGCGCCGGCGCCCGUCGUGCCGGUGUUCCGCAUCCCUGCCAACAAGCCCAUCUUCCUGCCGCGGCUGAAGGCGCCCGCCCCCGCCAAGCCCCGCGCUGCCCCCGCCAAGCAGGCGUCGCCCAGGACCACCGGCGCCGUGGGCACCUCCUCCAAGGCCUCCCCCAAGGCCUCCCCCAUGGCCUCCCCCAAGGCCUCAGGCGGCGCGCGCGGACCCAAGCGGACGUCCACGGACUCGCAGCUGGUGCCGGAGUUCGCCUCCGAGGACGCCGUGCGGCGCGCCAGCGUGCCCAUGCUGCACGCGUGGCUCAGGGACAAGGGCGUGUCCUUCCGCAGCAAGGACAAGAAGGCCGACCUCGUGGAGAAGGCCAUCGAGCACCUGGCGGUCCUGCGGAGGAGCUGAGGAGGAGGUGAGCGCACCUCCCUCCCCGGGUCGGUGCCCGGAGGGCUACUGGAGGGCAACUAGAUGAGGACAAGACAGCUGUUCGAGCAGUGCAAUUUAGUUUAUCGUUCAAUCAAUCAACUUUGAAUAAACUUGCUCUUAAAUAGGGUGUAAAAAGAAUACUAGUCAAUUACUAUUUUGUUAACAUUAGACGUACUGUAUUUCAAACACCUGUGAUCGCUCUAAUUGCCUUCACAUUGAUGGCUGUGAUUUCUACUAUUCUUUUUAAAUCAACUUAAACUGCAGUUUACUUUACUUGCCUGCUGCAGUGUAUAAACAUGAGCUAAAAUUUUAUCUACAUAUCUCUUAACUCAUUUUUUGUCUCAUCUUAAAGGGUUUUAACUAUGAAUUUUAAGUCUUUGUGUUGUUAAUGAAUUCUGAACACAUUCUGCUAAUGAACUUUACCAUACUAUUUAUAUUUUUGAAACAGGGUUUUUAUGUUGUUUUAUGAUUCUUAUACUUUAUCUAAUUGCUAAUUACUAUCAACUGAUCCACUGAGUGUGGAAUAGAAGGGUUUCAAAACUGACCCUCAUAUUAUUUCGAAACAGGUUUUAUUUUGUUGAUUUAUGCUUCUCAAAGUGUAUAUUUAUGUCAAUUGUUAUCAUCAACUUAUGUAAUGUCAGCUGGAUUUGACACUCAUUUUAUUUGGAGAGUUUUAUAUCUUAUUUUUAUGCUUUCCAUACUUUAUCUAAUUUCCAAUUGUUACCAUCAACUGACUAUCUCAAUGUAGAACAGAGGUUUAGUGACUUGCAAAGAAAGUUACACCACAGUAAUUAUUCUAGCUUAAUUUUAUCAGAAACUAUGGUUGUUAUGUAAAGAAAUGAGAUAAUGGCCAAGCAGAGAUGCUAUUAGAUACGCGGAUGGUAUUUACACUAUAGUAAGAAGCGAACUUUUGUUUUACUGGGGCUGUUUCAAGGCCCAUCAAGCGUACUACAUGUUUUUAUCAAAAGUCAUUUAAAAUGUGUCAAAAAAAAAUAAAUGUUAAAACUGUUCAAUAGUGACUAUAAAGACCCUCUUGGGUAAUUUUUUGUAAAA